GUUAUUGAACGACACUCACAGGAUAUUCUCAAUCUCCAAACAUUAGCGAUGUUUUUGCAGACAUGUUGACAUUGUAUGCCUAUUGAUUUCGACUCGCUGAUCACUGUCGAAUCUGGGUAUGCUCCAGGUAUAAACUACACUUUAGAAGGUAAGUUAGACACAUACAUUAUUUUGUUUUUAUCGAGCUAGCAAUGAUGGUUGCUGUUGUAGCUAACUAGCUAGCUAACGUUAGCUACCUUUGAUCAAGGUGGUUAUUGCAACCUGACAGGUAGCAUUCAUCUGAGCUGUAACAAGCAGAAUUAAGCUGUUAUUUUGUUGUUAGUUUUUGCAAACUGCUAUGCUGUCUGCCUCUUACUCUCAGCCAACGUGUCUGGCAGGUGCAUCCCACAGAAGGCAAGGAUGAGUCGUUUUCUGAAUGUUCUGCGGAGUUGGUUGGUCAUGGUGUCUGUCAUUGCCAUGGGAAACACUGUCCAGAGUUUCAGAGAUCACAGCUUCCUCUCUGAGAAACUCUACACGGGGACACCAUAUUUUGGUGAGUAGUUUCUACACGGGAUUGUAACUUUCUCUCUAAAGCAGGCCAUGGCAGAUCUUACCCUGCAUGCGCCGGUGUUAGUGCAGGAUUUUGCUCCAACCUGAAGGAUGUUGUUAUUAUGCCUGUGUAUAAGACUGGGUUACACAUUGAUUUGUCUACACCAAAGGAGCUUUACAACAGCAGUAUGCUCAGUCUCCUCCAAGGUGCAAGGAAUUCAGAGAACUUCAUUUAGGUUCUGCUUCCUUUUUACAGUAAAUGGCCUCCAAGCAAGAACAUUUGGAAUCUGGACAUUGUUGUCUUCAAUUAUCCGCUGCACGUGCGCCAUCGACAUUCAGAACAAAACGUAAGGUUUCCUGCAUCCCUGCACUGUUGUCUGUUCAUGCAACAGUGAGUGCAUAAACUGUGAUUUGUGUUCUGUGGGAGUUAUCUUAAAUAGUUUUUGUCUCCUCUUCAUGUAGGCUCUAUCACAUCACCCUUUGGACAUUUGUACUGGCUCUGGGACACUUCCUGUCUGAAGCCUUCAUCUACAAAACGGCACCUCUGACCAUUGGCGUUAUGGCACCUCUCAUUGUGGCGAGUAAGUACUGCAGCUCUAUAAUCCCAUCUGAUCAAAUAGUAAGCUUGGUUUGUUAAAAUCAUUAACAACAGUGUUAGCAAAUGAAACUACCAGGUACAUAAGGUGCAUCGCUCAACUCUAUUUUUCAUCUGAUGUAACUUGCUCAGAGCUUGUGCUGCUGGUGUCUGUUAUUGCAGAGUAAACCCAUUGCAUCAUCUCACCUCUCCAGGUUUCUCUAUCGUGGGAAUGCUGAUUGGGUUCCAGUGUGUUCCAGAGCCUCAGGAGGAGGUGGGUGCACGGCAGAAGAAGCGGAACUGAUUCCAAGCAGCAGAAAACGGUUUAGCCCACCACUAGAGAGAGCUGUGGGAUAGUCUACUGCUUCUUGCCUUGAAGAAUGAGUGGCCUAUUUACUAUACUGUAUGGACACAAAGAUGAGUCCAAUAUGUGUAAACUUUUAAGAGGGGCUAUACAAUAAGUGGGAUUUAUUUUGCAGGUGACUCAUACCUGUGCUAUGUGAUCUGUACAUGUGCUACAAUAUACUUAAGCAAUAAGGCACGAGGGGGU